CUUUUAUGUUAAAAUCUAUUUAAGUUUUUAUACACAUUUAUUUCCUUUACGCGCCUUUAAAAUCUGUAAUACACCUCGCAUCUAAGUUUUUUUUUUAUAAAUUAUUCGUUAAAAAAUGAAUCCUCAACAAUCAUCUAUGAUAGAUUAUGCCCAACCUCCUCUCAUCACCGAAUUUAGAUUUUUUCAUCAUACUCCGAAUGAUAAUAAUUUUUAUCACGUAACUUGUCAGAUUAUUUCUGCCUCUUCAGAUGAUCAUGAUUACGAUCAUGGAUUCUUUUAUUGUGAAUCGGAAAUUAAUUAUUACGUUAAAUGUAAAUUGUACUCACAUUCUUUGAUCGUAAAUAUCUUGAAUAGAAAAAUGUAUGGAAAUGAUAUUGGCGUAAAUAAUUUGGAACUAAAAAAAUCCUUUUCAUCGGAACAAAGAUUAAAUUUAGAACAAAGUUUGAAACAAGUUCUUCCUUAUUAUCUUAUGCAAAGCCGUAUCCCUAAAAGAGAAAUGAGAGUAGUUUCUGAUAGAAAUAUGAAUCCCCUUCGUGAUCGCAAUGCUGAACAGGUAGUUUUAAUGACUGAUAAUCAAAACCAUUUUGGUAACCAAAAUCAAAAUAGAUUUUACCUAAAUGACGCUGAAGGUUACACUCAUCCACAAAAACUAAUUAAUUUCAGUAAUACUAGUAUGUUACCAAGAGAAGAUAGAAAUACAAAUGUGAAUAUUAGAACUAAUGUAAUGGCAACGUCACAGACAGUUUUGAUGUCCGAAAAUCAAAAUAAUAAUAAUAUUGGCUUGCAUCAUCAAAAUAGUGUUGGAGGCUAUAUUAAUAAUAGUGUUAUUUGUUCACAACAACAUGUUGGUUUAAAUAAUUUUUCAUCUCAUGAAAGUGAUAUUUGUAACAAUAGAAAUACGAACUUAUCUCAUGAGAAUAAUAUUCAGAACGAUUGUUUACUUCAUCAUCAAAAUAGAAUUGAUGAUAUUCAACAAGCCGAUCUCAACAAUCUUUCACAACGCCAAAUUCCUGGUCAAGAAACGAGAACAGAUUAUUAUACAACGACUUAUACUAAUCUUGAUUAUCAAUAUGACUCUACUCGUAGCGCUUAUUCAACUUAUACACAGCAACAAAUUGAUCUCGUUCCUAUGAGAGAGAAUAAUAAUAUGGAAACAACGCAAGCUAAUCCAACAAUAGAUAUUAAUCGAAAUUAUGAUAAUAAUAAUGGCAUGCCAUGCAAUGAUAAUCAAGAUGUGAGCUUUGACUCAUCCACUUGAUUUUCGAAAUUUUUAGCUUAGAAAAACUUCUUUCGAUUCGUUUUAUAUCGUGGCACGAGAAAAAUAAUCGUUAGUUUUAAAUUAUGAACGUUUUUCAUCCAAACAAUAAUUAUGUAAAUUAAGCAUUAAGCAAAAAAAAGGAGAAAUAAUAUAAAAUUACAUAUGAAAAUAUAUUUAAGAAUCAAC